AGAUUUGUAGCUAUAUUGGUACACAAUAAUUGUCUUAGCUAAGCCCAAGCGAUAGGUUCUGUUUAUCUUUCACCCUCCGUUCACACAUCAGCAGUACACACACACACACCAGGAGAGCAACAAAAUAUUCACCACGACAAGUGCUCGCGUGAGCAGCGCCGCACAGGAGCAAGCGAGAGAGGACAUGCGAUCGAGCAGGAAAACAACCCCCACGCGCCAAGGGAAGAGCGAGAGAAAAGGAGUACCGAAACUUCGAGAAGUGGAAAAAACCCAGAGCAGCCGAAAACUUGAAGAAAACGGCGGGCAAAGCUUAACUUUUGCAAACGCGGCGCACGGGAUCAGAAGUGCGAGCAGUGGACUCUUGCAAACGCGGCGCACGGGAUCAGAAGUGCGAGCAGUGGACUCUUCCAAACGCGGCGCACGGGAUCAGAAGUGCGAGCAGAGGACUCUGGCAAACGCGGCGGUUGGGAUCAGAAGUGCGAGCAGGGGACUCUGGCAAAGGAGAGUGUGCCGGCCCAGGACCAGCGCUGGAGCACCCGGAUUCAGGCGUGUGUGUGUGCGUGAGAGCGAGACGGGUGGCUCGCCACAUUCGGGUAACGGACCAGAAUUUUCUAGGUUUUGUUGUAAAACCUAAAAAAAUUAUCAAAAAGGGACGUACUUUAAACGUGGAUCAACGCACAACGUCUUUUAUAUAAGGUAGCACAUAACUAUCCUAAUUAUUUUCAAAAAUAUCACUUUUAUUAAUAAAUAAAAAUGUGUCGUAGCGCACAAUUUAAACGGCCUGCAGCAGGGUUUCUUCUUCUUUUGAUUUCCUUCUGAACGUAACGGAGGGACGCAAAAAAUAACCCCGAAGGUUGUCUCUUUUUGAGCCACGGG